AUGAACAGCGUUACCAACUCGCUCAAGCUUAGCCUGGGGCGCACGGCGACUCACAUCGACCGGCUGCCGUUAUUCACACGUGUGGUUCUGGUGGUUAUGGUUACGCUUGAGGUGUUGCGCGUGCUGUUUCCACGGAGCUGGUGGGAUUUGGAGGAGUGGGGAAGGCUGGAACCGGAUGUGAUGGGGAUUGCUACGAUGUACCGGACGAAUACCUACCCGCUCAUACACACGAGCGCCAUCCACCUGAUCCUUAACUUGAUCGGCCUGACGCCGUUGCUCGAGAGGUUCGAGGCGUCGCAUGGCACGUUGACGUCGCUGGCGCUGUUUGUGGGGCCGUUAUCCACCGGGCCGGCGUUGAUUUAUGUCGUGCUGGAGAGAUUUAUCCUGCGCAUGAACACCCCUAUUGUUGGGGCGAGCAUAUGGGGUUUCCUCCUGUUUGGGUCAGAAGCCAUCCGGCAUCACAAAGUUACCCCGUAUGUGGUGAUCGCAGGGAAACCCACUAUCCCUACCUGGACAGCGCCUAUUGCUGUCCUGUUUGUCGCUGCCUUACUGUUGCCGGGCUCGAGCUUCCUUGGGCAUGCCAUUGGGCUGGGCGUUGGAUACGUCUAUGGUCUGGGGUAUCUCAAAUUCCUUUCACCGCCAGACAAGAUUCUACGGUGGAUCGAAGGCAAGCUAAAUCUUAGGGUGAGGCUUCCGCAUUUCGUGAGCGUGGAUCAGAAGACGUAUGGGCGAUUCGGGGUGCUCCCCUUAACCAACCUUGCCCCGCAGCCAGUUGUUGCACCAGCUACCGUGAUGCAGCUGCGGCGCGACCCGCGCCUGCUGAAGCUCCCGCCGUACAUUUCGCUGCUAUGCAUCGUCAUCGGCGUCGCAUGGCUCUUCUUACUCCCGCUCGACCAGUACUCGCGACGGACUUACAUCUCCGAAAAUGCCCUCCUCCCCGGCCAGGUGCACACCUACUUCAGCGGUAGCGACCAAAAUGUGUUCCGCGCUUACAAGCACGAAGUGAACGAGCUCGUGGGCAAGGACAAUACCGCGAUCAACGACAAGCUCGAGCCGAUCAUCAAGGGACUCGGCCUCAAGACAGCGCGCCAGAACUUUACCUACCACGCGGCCGGCCAGACAUUCGCCGGCGAGAACCUGUACGCCAUUCUCCAGGCCCCCCGCGGCGAUGCUACCGAGGCGAUUGUGUUGGUCGCCGCAUGGGAGAAUGUCCGACACGAGGUCAAUCGCAACGGCGUGCCGCUCGCUUUGACCCUGCUGCGAUAUUUCAAGCGUUGGUCGCUGUGGUCUAAGGACAUCAUCCUGCUGCUCACGCCCGACAGCAUUGCUGGCCCUCAGGCCUGGGUCGACGCUUACCACGACGCACACGACCCGGCUCGGGUGGCUAGCCUGCCGCUGAAAUCAGGUCUGCUGCAGGGCGCCAUUGCCAUUGAUUACGCACAGGAAGGCCGGUUUGAGAGUCUGCACGUCGUGUAUGAUGGUGUCAAUGGGCAGCUGCCGAAUUUGGAUUUGAUCAACUCAAUUGUCAAUAUUGCGGGUGGGCAGAUGGGCAUCGGCGUUGCCCUGCAGGAGAUGUGGCACCACAACAACGGCUAUCAGGACCGGCUGAGCACGAUGCUGCGCGGGAUGCUGAAGCAAGGUUUUGGUCUAGCAAGUGGGCCGCACAGCAGUUUCAUCCCCUACCACGUCGACGCCGUCACGCUGCGCCCGUUCGGUGAAGGCUGGCAGGACGAGAUGGCCCUGGGCCGCGUUGUGGAGGGCUCAUUCCGUAGUCUGAACAAUCUGCUUGAGCAUUUGCACCAGAGCUUCUUCUUCUACCUGCUCAUGCAGCGGGAGAGGUUCGUGAGCAUUGGUACCUACCUUCCGAGCGCGAUGCUGGUGGCGGCCAACUUUACCAUCAUGGCGAUUGCUCUGUGGGUCAAGAGCGGGCAACCAGCAUCAAAGACAGAGAAGAAGGCCGAAAAGGAGGUUUCAACUCCAUCGGCGCCUACUACAGUUGAGCGGGACCUGUUUCUUCCGCUCGGCGUGGUGGCUUUGAUCCAAUCCCUCUCGGUUCUGCCCCUCUACCUCUUCAACCAUGCCCUUGAAACCGCCCUUACCCUAUUCUUCAUCGUCUUCACCCUCCUCCCAUCCUUCCUCGCCCACUUCCUCAACAACUUCCCCUCCACGCCCACCACGCCGCAACAGUACGACCUCAUCCGCUCAUUCUCCCUCCUCCUCCUCGGCAUGUUUCUGUCGACUCUCGCCACGCUAAACUUCUCGCUGGCUUUGCUAGUCGGCGUGCUCGCCGUACCGUUGACCUUUGUGCCAAACUCGAUAUCGCCUAACUCGGGACUUCCGAGUAGGGUGUUGGCGACAAUAUUGUUGAACGUCUUUAAUCCGACGGCGGUGCUGGUCGGGCUGGGAUUGGUAUAUGGGUGGUUUGGCGGCGGUGGCGUGGAUGCCGCUGCCGGGGCUGAUGUGAGUAAUGGUGUGAAGUGGAUGACAGGGGGUGUGUGGGGGGUUCUGCGCGAGGCGGCGGUCGGUUGGCACGUGUGCGGGACGUACUCGCCUGUAGUGGUAUGGUGCGUGUGGUGGCCGGCGUGGGUGGCUGCGCAGGUGGUUGUGUUGGGGAAGAAGGAGGUUAAGACGGGGUCGGAGGUGCCAAGGGAGAAGAAGGAUGCAUGA